GUGAGGGAGUUACUCGGGCAAAAGUGCGCUCGAGCUUCUACGAGAGACGGAGAGAAAUAAACGCUUUAUUACCGGACUCGAUAUAGGAAUAAACGCUGAAAUUAGUCAGAUGGAUGUGUAUUUUGUGUGGGGUGUGUUAGAGAUCUGAUUAACGUGUGUGUGUCGCAUUUGACCGUCAGUACUGAGUUUUUUCCGCGAAUUUUUAUCUUUACAUAACCGUUACCGUUUUGUAGCGCGUGCCACCGAAGAGAGAACACGAGUAUUUCGUUUAACUAAAUAUACAUUACAUUAUUUUGUUUAGAAUAGAUUAUUAAGAAAGUGGGAUUAUUUGAUCAUUUGUUAUCGCAUUUAUUGACAUUUUCGUGUUUUUUGUGAUUCAGAAAAAAAACAAGUUAUACAACAGGGGGUACAGUGCACAGCGCGGUCCUAAAGCCCGCCCUGUAUAGGACCAGAUCUGCGCGCCUCGUUCGCACUUAAAGCCAAAUGUUUCAGCUGUGGGACGUGUAAACAUUCUCUGACACUAUGGAAAGCGUUUUGUUAGAGCAAGGAUAAUUUCAUUCAGUUAAACUAAUUUUAAAUUGGAUGAACUUUAACUCAAGAAACUUAAAAAAAAAAUUGCAUUGCAUUUUUAUUGGGACUACACAAAUUUCUGGAAGGAGAUUAGUGAGAAGUCUGAAUUUAAAAGGGUUUGCCAGGUGAAGUAAUGGUGGUAAAUACAAUCCACUGGUUCAGGAAGGGCUUGCGGCUGCACGACAAUCCUUCCCUUCAAGAGUCGAUCCUGGGAGCGGAUACUGUGCGCUGUGUCUACAUCCUCGACCCCUGGUUUGCCGGAUCGUCCAACGUUGGAAUCAACAGGUGGAGAUUUUUACUACAGUGUCUGGAAGACUUGGACGCCAGCCUCCGCAAACUCAAUUCCCGAUUGUUUGUAAUCCGGGGCCAGCCCACUGAUGUCUUCCCAAGGCUCUUUAAGGAGUGGAACAUCACCCGGCUGUCUUAUGAGUAUGACUCAGAGCCGUUCGGGAAGGAGCGAGAUGCAGCCAUUAAAAAGCUGGCCAGCGAGGCCGGAGUGGAGGUGACGGUACGGAUCUCCCACACGCUCUAUGAUCUAGACAGGAUCAUAGAGCUCAAUGGGGGCCAGUCUCCACUCACCUACAAGCGCUUCCAAACCCUCAUCAGCAGGAUGGAGGCAGUGGAGACUCCGGCCGAGGCCAUUACAGCAGAAGUCAUGGGCUCCUGCAGCACUCCUCUUUCUGAUGAUCACGAUGAAAAGUUUGGGGUUCCUUCCCUGGAGGAGCUUGGUUUCGACACAGAGGGGUUAUCCUCAGCUGUGUGGCCCGGAGGAGAGACUGAGGCCCUUACACGACUUGAGAGGCAUCUGGAGAGAAAGGCAUGGGUGGCCAAUUUUGAGCGUCCCAGAAUGAACGCCAACUCACUCUUGGCUAGUCCCACUGGUCUCAGUCCUUACUUGAGGUUCGGCUGCCUCUCAUGUCGACUCUUCUACUUCAAACUCACUGACUUGUACAGAAAGGUAAAGAAAAAUAGCUCGCCACCCCUCUCACUCUACGGACAGCUGCUGUGGCGCGAGUUCUUCUACACCGCCGCCACCAACAACCCACGCUUUGACAAAAUGGAGGGCAACCCCAUAUGUGUACAGAUCCCAUGGGACCGCAAUCCAGAAGCACUGGCCAAGUGGGCCGAGGGCAGGACAGGCUUUCCCUGGAUCGACGCCAUCAUGACCCAACUGAGGCAGGAGGGCUGGAUCCACCACCUGGCGCGCCACGCUGUGGCCUGCUUUCUCACACGUGGAGACUUGUGGGUCAGCUGGGAGGAAGGCAUGAAGGUGUUUGAGGAGCUGUUGCUGGAUGCAGACUGGAGUGUGAACGCGGGCAGCUGGAUGUGGCUUUCCUGCAGCUCCUUCUUCCAGCAGUUCUUCCACUGCUACUGCCCAGUGGGUUUCGGCCGCCGCACCGAUCCCAACGGGGACUACAUACGACGAUAUUUACCAGUCCUGAGAGGAUUUCCUGCCAAGUACAUCUAUGACCCUUGGAACGCCCCAGAAAGUGUGCAAAAGUCGGCUAAGUGUGUGAUCGGUGUGCACUACCCGAAGCCCAUGGUGCACCAUGCAGAAGCCAGUCGUCUCAACAUAGAGCGCAUGAAACAGAUCUACCAGCAGCUGUCCUGUUACCGCGGCCUGGGACUGCUGGCGAUGGUGCCGUCCAACCCUAACGGGAACGGGGAAAACUCCACAAGCAUGAUGGGAAUUCCCGGUGCUGAUGCUGCCCAGGACACUGCUGCAUCCUCUGGUUAUCAAAUGCAUGCCAACUCUCAGGGCGAGUGGCCCAGUGGCAUGAUGGUGUAUUCUCAAGGAGACGCACAACAACAAGGUUAUUCAGGCAGCAGUAAUGGGAUGGCGUGCUACAGAGAGGAAGCGAAACAGACUCCUGGUCCUGUGCUACAGCAAGGUCGGGGACAUCACUCUAGCAGUGUACAGACCUCUGGGAAACGUCACAGUGAGGACUCCGGUCAUACCGCAGGCACAAAGGUCCAGAGACAGCACAGUCCUCAAAUAGGUUCUCACAUGUGACCAUCAUGUCCUGGAAAAAAAAAAAACUGCACACACACACACACUGAUUAGUGUGUGUUAAAAUAAGAGUGUGUAACCCUUUUAAUUAAGCACUCCCUCAUAUUAUCACUUGGACUUCAUCCAAACUGACGCUGGCGCUCCAGCCAACUUUAGGAGGGGAGGGGAAACUAUUCUCCCUGACAAUGUUCUAAUCUUACCGAGUGUUAGGACUUCUCUUGGCACAAAGCUUUGCUGUACAUAAAAAUUUUGUUUAAUACAGACUGUAUAUUUGUUAUUGUAUGUGCUUUUUCUUUCAUUCAGUCUUAGACCCUAAAAUAUUUUUGAUAUAAAUUAUCAUUGUGGAUCAGCUGUAUUCCUUUUUUUUUUUUUUUUUUAAAGUAUAACUGUUUAAAAAAACUUUUGUAGAUUGCAUUUACUGUACACGAUGAGGUACCUCUCGGUCUCUCUCUCUUCCACGUUCUCCUUGACCUGUUUCACAUUACUGCUGUUGGCUUACAUCUCGUCUUUCCUCUUUUCCUUCUCUCAAUAAACCUUUGUAAGCUGCGUCUUCUCAUGUAGCUGUCAUUAUUGUAAUUCAAACAGGUUGUUAUUCAUCACGUUGUGCUAAUUCUUUACCUGUGCUCUUGUUUAAUAAACACAAUGUAAAAACCA